AUGGCUGCGUUGAACAUGAGUUUGAACAAAAUUUUCUAUGAGUGUCUCACGUUAGAUCCUGCCCAUGGUCAUCCGAUCCAUGUCUUCGAUUCGACGUAUCUGCCUUCACCCGAGGUAUUUGAUAGUAAAGAAGUUUACAACGAUGUAAUUGACCAACUUAUGGAUGAAUUGAUCAUUCAGUUGCCGGAGACACCAUGCUCAUUAAUUGUAUUUAGUUCAGGGUUUAUGCAGAACAAACUGAGUUGGGUCUUCGGGGUGAAGAUGUUUUCGAAAAUUCCCAAAGAACGGCGAGAUAAAAUAAGGAAUAUCUACGUUGUCCAUGAGUCGUUUUUCGUACGCACGGUAUCACAGGUUUUGGCUAAUGCGUUGAACAUAAAAUUUCUAGGCAACAAGUCCAAAUUGGAAUCGUUGAUUCAUGUUUCAAAUCUGGCAGAGCUCGCCGCCUUCGUCGAUAUCAGAGGAUUGCGAAUUUCGCUGAAUGUCUAUCUGUUUGAUUUGGAAGUGACAGGGGACGUAGAACUCGGGAUUGAAUCAGGUCUGGACCCCAAAUCAUUCGAGCAACGUCAAUACAGACAGCUCGUGUUUGACAAAAUAUUUCGCCGUCUGCGUAUGGAUGCGCCUUUGACCGAAUUGGUAUUUCAGAGACCGGGCUCAUAUCAAAAAGUGAACAUUCUUUUGGGUGUGAUACGCAGGAAUAAUUACGUUGACCUUUCCCAAUGGGACAUUUAUUCUCUCGGUUCAACCUUCCUGCACUUUUUGAAAAAUAAAACGAAACCCAUAUUCCCCAUUGACCUCAUACCGCUACCAAUUAAUGAUUCCUAUGAAUAUACUUACAACACCUUCGUGAGCAUGAUGAUGUACAACGGCUAUUAUGAGUUGACGAAAAGCGUAUUUAAGCUUUUUUCCGCAUUACUAAUGAACACCGAAACCUCAAGACAUGACUAUAAAUCUUUGAGCAAAUGUCUUACACCCACAUUAUGUCAAGAAAAGGUCUCCAUUAACAGCGGAGACAGACUAGCUGUCGGCUACCGAUACGUUAAAAAUGUUCUAACUCAUUUUUCGAAACUUACUGAAGAGAUUGACCGCGCUGGGAUUUUUAGCGAGACUUGGGACGCGCUCGAGGAUCGCAGAUCUGAUACAGAAAGUUGCCUAUCUUCCAAGAAGUCCAAUUCGGAGUCGACAAAUUCUGUGCCUACAGUCAAGGUCGAAAAACCGCUUCCACUUCCGCAGAGGCCGUCAAUAACAAAUACCUUGCCAAAUCAUACCAAUAUAAUUCAUGAAACGAGAGGCCAGGUGCGCGUGAAGAGCGAAGCUAGCAAUAUGUCAUCUAUAUUUGACGAAAAUACAACCACGGGCGCGACAAGCACAGCAUCAUUGGCCCCUAGUGACAUACCCGCCAGAGAAACCGAUUUAAAGAAUUUCACUGGAAAUACCAUUAUGAAAUCCUCUGCAAAGCCCUCAUUUGACAAUGCACUGUUGCUUGCGGAACACAUGAAUAAACUCAUUCUGGAUAAUAAUGAAAAGAUACAGCAUUUCGAUAAAGAUCUGCGAGAGAAGAAAAAGGCAGAUCAAUCCGGUUCCAAAAAUUCUAUUGGUACCGCUUAUUCAGACAUAAAGUCUGGGAACAAAGUAUCACGUCUUGCCGCGCUUUACGAAGAACGUUUGACUGGUCUUCAAUUAAUUCAAAAAAUGGGCACGUAA